UCUCACAAGCGAAUGCGAAGCAGAGAGAGAGAGAGAGAGAGAGCCACCCUUUCUUACAACAAACAACAACUCAUUCUUCAAGGCUUCAACAACAGAACCUUUCAUAGUUUUUCACUCCUUCUCCCUGUGUCGGUGUACUCUUCUUCUGGGGGCAUUCGUUUUUUGCUUCUUCAGCUCCAACUUCAAACGCGCUUUUGGUAGAAGAAGCUUCACCGGGAUCACUGGGGUGUGUGUGAGAGAGAGGGAUUACGGAUUAGUGAGUUUUUUGUCACUAAGUUAGAGCUACGUCGUUUCAUGAUUGUGGGCUGGUAGCAGUUUGGUAUUGAGAUUGAAAGUGGUGGGGCUUUAUUUGGAUUCUGUGUUUGUUGAAGGAGCUGGGGUAGAAUUGUAGUAGCUGUUGCCUCAGAAUGCAGCAAGAUCAAAGAAAAAAGGGUUCAAUGGAGAUGGAAUUUUUCUCCGAUUAUGGUGAUGUCAGCAGGUACAAAAUUCAAGAGGUCAUUGGAAAAGGAAGCUAUGGUGUUGUUUGUUCAGCUAUUGACAGUCAUACUGGCGAAAAAGUAGCAAUUAAAAAGAUUCAUGAUAUCUUUGAGCAUGUAUCCGAUGCUGCGCGUAUUCUGCGUGAGAUAAAGUUGCUUAGACUUCUUCGACAUCCUGAUAUUGUUGAAAUUAAGCAUGUUAUGCUGCCUCCUUCUAGGAGGGACUUUAAAGAUAUUUAUGUUGUUUUUGAGCUCAUGGAGUCUGAUCUGCAUCAAGUCAUUAAAGCCAAUGAUGACCUAACAAAAGAGCACUAUCAAUUUUUUCUUUACCAGUUACUUCGAGCAUUGAAGUAUAUUCACACUGCAAGUGUCUAUCACCGAGACUUGAAGCCAAAGAAUAUACUGGCCAAUGCAAACUGUAAACUUAAAAUAUGUGAUUUUGGGUUAGCUAGAGUUGCUUUCAAUGACACACCAACAACUGUAUUUUGGACGGAUUAUGUUGCUACAAGGUGGUAUAGAGCACCAGAACUCUGUGGAUCAUUUUACUCAAGGUAUACUCCAGCAAUUGACAUUUGGAGUAUAGGUUGCAUAUUUGCUGAAGUAUUAAUAGGAAAGCCUCUUUUCCCUGGAAAAAAUGUUGUCCAUCAGUUGGAUCUGAUGACAGAUUUGCUUGGCACUCCCUCGCUGGAUGCUAUAUCCAAGGUACGCAAUGAUAAGGCACGGAGAUACCUGACUAGUAUGAGGAAAAAACAACCUAUACCAUUUGCACAAAAGUUUCCUAAUGCUGAUCCUUUAGCACUACAACUACUGGAAAGGUUGCUUGCCUUUGAUCCAAAAGACCGGCCUACUGCUGAAGAGGCAUUAGCUGAUCCUUACUUCAAGGGACUUUCAAAGAUUGAGAGGGAACCAUCUUGCCAGCCUAUUACAAAAAUGGAGUUUGAAUUUGAAAGAAGAAGAGUCACAAAGGAAGAAAUUGGAGAGUUAAUUUUCCGUGAGAUUCUAGAGUAUCAUCCUCAACUAUUGAAAGACUACAUAAAUGGAACAGAGAGAACUAAUUUUCUUUACCCAAGUGCUGUUGAUCAAUUCAAACAGCAGUUUGCUCAUCUCGAGGAAGACAGUGGUAAAUGUUGUCCAAUUAUGCCACUUGAAAGAAAGCAUGUAUCACUGCCCAGGUCAACAAUUGUACAUUCAAAUAUGGUACCCUUGAAAGAGCAAUCAAACAUUGCUUCCUGCAUAAACCGGCAAACAGCUGAGGAAUAUAAUAAGAAUUCCAGGGAUACAGAAAAUCCUGCGCCAAGUUACAUUCAGGGUCUGCAAAAAUUUCCACAAGCAAAACCUGGAAAAGUUGUUGGGCCAGUGAUUCCAUACGAAUAUGCAAGUGUUGUCAAGGGUACAUAUGAUCCAAGGACAUUUAUGAGAGGUUCUGUGCUUCCUUCUCAACCUAUCCCCCCUACGAAUCACUAUCAAAGAUCAACCUCUGGAAAACAAGAAAGGUCAGCAACAGAAGCUGACAAGGGUGUGUCUUUACAAUCAAAACUUGCUAAGCAAUGUGGUGUGAAUGUCAAAAUAGCACCAGAGAUAGCUAUAAAUAUUGACACCAACCCUUUUUUCAUGACACGAGCAGGAAUCAACAAGAUAGAGCAGGAUGACCGAAUAGCCAUAGAGACAAAGUUGCUGCAGUCAAAGGCUCAUCAAUAUGGUGGGAUUAGUACCACUGCUCAUAGAAAGGUUGGACCUGUUCAGUAUGGUAUGACAAGGUUGUUGUAGAAGAAUGUUGUCUUGUGAAUAGUUUGGCCAGGUGGAGCGUUCCUUGUGGAGAAUAAGAAAAAGGUUCUUCAUAGUGGAGAAGUAGUCGUCUCUGGUGGUGCUUUGUGUAAGAUGAUGACAUGAGUUAGUGCUUCCACAGAUAGAGCUAGCUUUCUCUGGUCAAACCUUGUAAACAUUGGUUUCAGUUAUCAAUAAACUGUACAACCGAAUUUGAGUCCUAUCUUUGUAAUUCAAUCCACACAUUCCUUUCCUCGGGAUUUUUUUAUUUUAUUUUAUAAAUUUCCUGCAA